AUGAGUCUCCGUGGAAUCAGAUUAGUAACUUUUGAUGCAACGAACACCUUAUUAAAAUUUCGUAUACCGCCAUGGUCUUAUUAUACACUUAUUGCCAAAGAUUACGGGUUCACAGGAACUGAAAAAGAUGUAAAAGAAAAAUUCAUCGAUUCAUACAACUUCAUGUGGAAAAAGUUUCCUAACUUUGGUAAACGUAUUAUACCAUGGAACAAAUGGUGGCAGAAAGUUAUAGAAAAGACUUUUGAAGGUCAAGUGCCCAAGGACAAGGACCUUGCUAUUUCAGAAAUUCUGAUAGAAGAAUAUAAAUCGCCUAAAUUAUGGUGCGUUGCUGAAGGAGGCCGAUACUUGCUUAAUGCUCUUGAGAAAAAAAGAAUCAUGUUGGGAGUUGUUUCCAACUUUGAUCCACGCCUGCAUGAUAUUUUAAGAAAUGUAGGUAUAUUAAAGCAAUUCAAAUUUAUCAUUACUUCUUAUGAGGUUGGAUGCAGUAAACCUGAUAAACAAAUAUUCAUUCACGCUAUGAAGAAAUUUGGAUUGAGUAAUCCGAAAGAAUGUCUUCAUAUUGGAAAUGAUAUGCGGAAGGAUUAUGAGGCAGCAAUAAGUGCUGAAUGGCAUGCCCUUAUUGUGCCUAGCCCUGAAAAUCUACUGACAAAUCAAUCUGAGAAAUCUACACCAGCGCCAGAACAUGUAUUUCCAAGUUUACAAAUCUUAGCCAAAGCUAUAGAACGAAAUGAACUAAAACUUUAA